CUCAUCAAUCGGCGGCGCAUUUUUAUUUUAGCCCAAAACAGAAUAUACCCAACUUACCAACUCCACCACUAUGGCUGCCUCAGCACCCCAAGCCCUCCGCACCCACUCCCUCCGGAGCUCAUCGCUCUCCCUCUCUUCCAAACUCCCUUUAUCCUCACACUUCUCAGUCUCUCUUCGGCAGCGCAGGACCCGAUCCCCUCGGCCCCUCGUGGUGGUGGUCUCCGCGGGUCUUGAUGCCAAGCCCACUAUUCUCGUAUCGGAGAAGCUCGGUGAAGCCGGGCUGAAGCUGUUAAAUGACUUUGCGAACGUUGACUGCUCAUAUAAUCUGAGCCCCGAGGAGCUCUGCACCAAGAUUUCGCUCUGCGAUGCUUUGAUUGUGCGUAGUGGAACUAAGGUCACCCGCGAAGUCUUCGAGUCUUCUGGUGGAAGGCUCAAGGUGGUCGGGAGAGCAGGCGUUGGAAUCGACAAUGUCGAUCUGGCGGCAGCUACCGAGCAUGGAUGCUUGGUGGUGAAUGCACCCACGGCCAACACAGUGGCCGCCGCCGAGCAUGGGAUCGCGCUUUUGGCCGCCAUGUCUAGGAAUGUUGCACAGGCUGAUGCGUCCGUGAAAGCUGGGAAAUGGCAACGGAGUAAGUAUGUAGGAGUGUCCCUGGUUGGGAAAACACUUGCCAUCAUGGGAUUUGGGAAGGUUGGUUCUGAAGUUGCUCGACGUGCCAAGGGACUUGGUAUGCAUGUCAUUGCACAUGACCCGUAUGCUCCAGCAGACCGUGCUCGGGCAAUUGGUGUGGAACUAGUGGGCUUUGAGGAAGCCAUUGCUACUGCGGAUUUUAUCUCUUUGCAUAUGCCUCUUACUCCCGCUACAUCAAAGAUUCUCAAUGAUGAGACUUUCGCUAAGAUGAAGAAAGGAGUUAUGAUAGUCAAUGUCGCUCGUGGAGGAGUUAUUGAUGAGGAGGCUCUUGUUAGGGCACUGGAUAAUGGCAUUGUAGCUCAGGCGGCGCUUGAUGUUUUCACAGAGGAGCCACCCCAAAAAGACAGCAAAUUGAUUCUCCAUGAAAAAGUUACUGCAACGCCUCAUCUUGGUGCUAGUACUGUGGAAGCUCAGGAAGGUGUGGCUAUUGAAAUAGCAGAAGCUGUUGUAGGGGCUUUGAAAGGGGAGCUUGCUGCUACUGCAGUCAACGCACCAAUGGUUCCUGCUGAGGUGUUGACGGAGUUGAAACCAUUUGUUGACCUUGCUGAGAAAUUGGGGAGACUGGCUGUCCAAUUGGUAGCAGGAGGAAGUGGUGUAAAAUCAGUGAAAGUGACUUAUGCUUCUGCUAGAGCUCCUGAUGACCUUGACACUCGGGUUAUACGUGCCAUGAUAACCAAGGGUCUCAUUGAGCCCAUAUCCAGUGUUUUUGUGAAUUUAGUCAAUGCUGAUUUCACUGCCAAGCAGAGAGGACUCAGGAUAACUGAGGAGAGGAUCAUUCUUGAUGAUUCCCCUGAAAGUCCACUUAAAUUCAUCCAGGUCCAAAUUGCUGAUGUGGAAUCUAGAUUUGCCAGCUCACUCUCGGAAUCUGGGGAGAUUAAGCUUGAAGGUCGGGUGAAAGAUGGUCUCCCUCAUCUUACAAAGGUUGGAUCCUUUGAUGUUGACGUGAGCUUGGAAGGUAGCAUUAUACUUUGCAGACAGGUGGAUCAACCAGGUAUGAUUGGAAAGGUUGCAAGUGUUUUGGCAGAGGAGAAUGUAAACGUCAGCUUCAUGAGCGUGGGAAGGGUUGCUCCUCGUAAGCACGCUGUAAUGGCUAUUGGGGUGGAUGAACAACCUAGCAAAGAAACUUUGAGGAAGAUAGGCGAGAUUCCUGCCAUUGAAGAGUUCGUUUACCUCAAGCUAUAAUGAGAGAUUGAUUUUUGUCUUCUUUUUUGGCUAUUUAAUUUCGAUUGGGGAUGGCUGCUUAAUGUGACCGUUUUGUUGAAUGGCUUAUUGAGAGUGUAGUUUUAGAGGGGUGAGAAGAGAAUAAUUCAAGUUUUGCAAUAGUGGGUUUUUUGGGUCCCCGUGUAGCGGGGUUUAGUAUUUCAUCACGAGAAUAAACAAUUGUUUAGUCGAGUUGUUGCUCAUUCGAGUUUGUCAUUUUUUUUUCUAAUUUUGGAGACGAAGUGAGGUAAGUUUUCCUGUCUGGUGGAGGAUGCGACGCCACUAGAGCUCAAAUUCGUACGUAAAGUGGCUUGUAAAAAUAAUUAAAUUAUUAAUGGAAUGAGAUGAAUUCCAUGGUCA